AUGCUCCAGGAUAAUUUAGGCAACAGUUCAGGCUCUCAAAAUGAAGAUGGCUCUGUCUUUUCACAGGCUGAACACAAUAUUGUUGCAACUUACUUGAUUAUGGCAGGUACGAUAAGUAUUCUCAGCAACAUCAUAGUUCUGAGCACCUUCAUCAAGUUCAAAGAGCUUCGGACACCCACAGGUGCAGUUAUCAUUAACCUGGCUGUCACAGAUAUAGGGGUCAGUAGCAUUGGCUAUCCCAUGUCUGCUGCUUCCGAUCUGCAUGGAAGUUGGAAAUUUGGAUAUGCGGGGUGUCAGAUUUAUGCUGGCUUGAAUAUCUUUUUUGGAAUGGCAAGUAUUGGCUUACUCAUGGUCGUGGCCUUGGAUCGAUACCUGACCAUUUGCCGACCUGAUGCAGGAAGAAGAGCGGCCACACGCACUUACCUCAGCAUGAUCCUGGGGGCCUGGGUCAAUGGCCUCUUCUGGGCUUUGAUGCCUAUCAUAGGGUGGGCUAGUUAUGCCCCCGAUCCUACAGGUGCUACCUGUACCAUAAACUGGCGGAAAAAUGAUGUAUCUUUUGUGUCCUUCACCAUGACAGUCAUCGUGAUAAAUUUUCUUGUGCCCUUGACAGUGAUGUCCUACUGCUAUUACCAUGUUGCUCGAUCCAUUGCAUGUCGCACUGCUGGAAACUGCACUGACUUCCUCAGCAGAGACUGGCCAGACCAGGUAGCCGUAACAAAGAUGUCUGUGAUAAUGAUAUUCACAUUUCUGGUGGCAUGGUCCCCUUAUUCAGUCGUGUGCUUAUGGGCUUCUUUUGGUGACCCAAAGAGGAUCCCUCCCUCAAUGGCCAUCAUUGCUCCACUGUUUGCAAAAUCUUCUACAUUCUACAAUCCCUGUAUUUAUGUGGUUGCCAAUAAAAAGUUUCGGAGGGCGAUCUUUGCCAUGUUCAAAUGUCAAACCCAUCAAGCUGUGACAACUUUGGAUAUGCCUGUGACAACUUUUUUGCCAAUGGAUGUACCUCAAAACCCAUUGACUUCUAGAAGAAUCUGAAAAAAGAGGAAAACACAAGUUAUCAAAACAUUUUAUUUACUUUUUGCAAUGUUUUAAUUUUAUUUAAAAUAUGAGUACCUUUAGAGCAAAUGCAGACAUAGAUUAUUAUCCUAAUAGACUGAAUCCCUCAAGUGUAGUUUAUAGGUCUUCUGUUUGUGCAUUGGCUACCGUAGGGAAUGCUUCUUUAUUUCCUUAUAUGUAAACUUACUGUUCAUCUCCUUUGAUGAAUCCAGACGCAUGAGAUGAAGGUCUCUUCUCUUUCUCUCUGUCAUGGCAUGCAUUUCACUGUAUUGAUGACCUGGCAUCUUGCCUGAGCAGGACAUAACUAUAAUAAUGAUAUAGUUAACACUCUUUAAUAAAUAACUACUGAAGUGAGUUGUUGGAUGCUCCUAGCUAGGGACUUUGUCUAGUUUGUUUUUGGAGAAUGGCAAUA